AUGGGUAUGAGUAGGGUAACAAACGAAAUUAAGAUACCUGCAUCAUCGUCGAUAACAUCGCGAGAGACAAAACCGGGAAUAAAGAAAAGUAAGUCGAACGAUGACAUUGAUUCUAAUGCAAAUUUAAGCCCAACAUUAUCUAAUGAUGAGUUGCAAGCAUUGAAAGACGAUAAAGAACUUAGGAGAAAGAAGAUAAAGACUUCGAGUAUAUCUACAAAUGCUAGCUGCCCAACGCCCUCUGAACUUAAUCUAGAUAUAGAUAGAAGUCUAAGUCAAAAGAGGGAUACUGAUCAUUUGAAACAAUCAAAGGUUUCUGAUACAAGGAAGUUAGAAGAUUCAAGCUCAUUCCAUAUGACUUCCCAAUACAAACACUAUUCCGCUGCUAUGAUAAAGGAUAAUCUUACUGUAAAUAAGAAGAGGACGCACGACACCACAGACAGGAUCAUGAAUUCGUUACCUGCCCACACCUCAAAUCCUAGUGCCUCCCCGACAUCAGAAGUGGGAUCCAAGGACUUGUUAAGAGCGAUGAAACGGCAAAUGGAUUUCAUGCGUGACGUAUUUCAUACGCUAACAAAGAAAGAUGGAGUGGAACUCGAAAAAUUUUCGCUACCGUUCUUUAACCCUGAACUGGCGGGCGCCGACCCAAUGGGGUGGUGCGAGACAGUCAGUAAGCUUAUGGGCAACGAGCCCCUACAAGACCGCGAGUUAUUUUUCGUCCUAAAUCGUGCGAUGGGGGGUUUUGCAUCGCAGUGGCUUACGCAAGUUCCGGUCUGCGGCCUUACUUGGGAACGAUUCAAGGAAUAUUUCCUUUCGCACUACGACGGCAAGGAGACGGCAACCUCAACGCUGAUAAAGGUGUUCGAGGAACCACCAGAGGAGGACGAACCCACGGUAAAUUUCGGCAUUCGAUUUCGCUCCCUCCUGGCUGCGAGAUGGAGUGGUAUAUCCAACGCCGAAUUAAUUAACGCUGUCAUCCUCCUCCGACUGACGUCAUAUGAUCAGCGUGUCGAACGGAUAGCACUCACGCAAGACGUCCGGACACAGGACCAAUUUCUUCGGGAACUGAGAGCUCUCCCUCGUUCGAGGAAGAGGCCGUUACCCUUGGCAGAUGAUCCGCCGACAGAACCUGAAACUAAACGGAGCAGGCCAUCCAACUCCCAGACUAGGUGUUAUCACUGUGGAACCCCCGGGCAUAAGGCGAUGGAGUACCGCAAGAAGAUGCGGACCGAAAAGCAGAAGGAGACAAGGCGCCGGGAAUGGAGCCGACCAGCCACAUCAUCCAAGGUGUUUUGCUUAAGGUGCCGUGCGGACGGCCAUAUCGCACCCAAUUGUCUGUUACGGGAGGAUAAGAAAAGCGGUCACAACAAGGAACGGCGAGUCGACUCCUGCGUGGUGGAGGCUCCAACCGGUAAAUUAAGUCACCAGGGUGAGUCGUUCCCAUUUUGCUUCGAUUCUGGAGCCGAGUGCUCAUUAAUUAUGGAAUCCGCUGCCUCGAAAUUUUCUGGCAAAAGAACCACCGAUGUAGUAGUAAUGCGAGGGAUAGGAAAUACGUGUGUUAAGAGUACGUCUCAGAUUUUAUCCACUGUGUGUAUCAACGGUUUUACGUUGGAGAUAACUUUUCACGUUCUCCCUGAUAAAUACUUGAAAUACGAUAUCAAGAUCGGUCGCGAGAUUUUAAGUCGGGGCUUCGACGUGCAUAUCACGCGCACUAGUCUCGAUAUUUGCAAAACGAAGGUAGUCAAUGUCUGUGACAGGACCGUCGAAAAAGAGAUCGAUCUUAAUGAAGUAGACACUGAGGUAAUUGGUAGUGAUAAAGGUCGAUUGAUUUCUAUUCUAGAAAAGUUUAAAAACUCAUUCAUCACGGGUUUUCCGCGUACACGCGUAAACACAGGCCAGCUAGAAAUAAGGCUAAUCGACCUCAACGUCACUGUCCAAAGAAGCCCUUACAGACUUAGCGAGGAAGAGCGUAGGACGGGACGAGAAAGAAUCGGUGAACUGAUUAAAGCUAACAUCAUAAGACCCAGUAAUUCGCCAUUUGCGAGCCCGAUGAUGCUCGUGAAGAAAAAAAACGGCUCAAAUAGACUGUCCGUGGACUUCCGAGCGCUAAAUAAGAAUACGGUCGCAGAUCGGUAUCCUCUACCCCUUAUCGCAGAUCAAAUCGCGAGAUUGCAGAACGCGAAAUACUUCAUUAGCCUGGAUAUGGCCAGCGGGUUUCAUCAGAUUCCCAUACAUCCCAAUUCAACGGUGUAUACCGCGUUCGUUACACCCGACCGACAAUAUGAGUAUGUAACGAUGCCGUUUGGAUUGAAAAAUGCGCCGUCCGUUUUUCAGAGGGCCAUUCUCAAUGCCUUAGGCGACCUCGCUCAUUCAUACGUCGUUGUUUAUCUAGACGACGUCCUAAUUAUUGCCGACUCUGUAGACCAAGCUUUAGAAAGACUGAACAAUGUAUUGGAUACCCUUGUGAAAGCCGGAUUUUCGUUCAAUUUCGCGAAGUGUUCCUUCUUGAGGACGUCGGUACUUUAUUUGGGGUACAUGAUUCAUAACGGGGAAGUUCGCCCCAACCCGGGUAAAAUACACGCCUUGAGUUCCUUACCUGCGCCAACGAUGGUCACUCAGUUCAGACAAUUUAUUGGGUUAGCUUCCUACUUCCGUAAGUUCGUCCCCAAGUUCUCACAGACGAUGAAACCCCUGUAUGCGCUCACCUCAGGUAGCAAAAACAUAACAUGGUCAGAUAGGCACGAGAACGAUCUUGAUGCAUAA